AUGUUACAACACUUCCCGAAAAGUAUUACCAAGACUUGCUUAGGGUGGAACCAAAAGGAUAUUGAGUUGGUUGAUGCGAACUCCGACAGACUGUACCAUGCGAAGGUUCAUUCUGCUCGGUGUAACAAAAAAAUUGUGAAAACUGAGAAGUUCAUCAGCAAGGGUUGGUAUCAGUUUGCGAAGCAUAGGCAGCCGCGUAGGGGUGAUAAGCUCGGGUUCAGCAUAACAAAAUCCGGUCAUCGGCUUUAUGUUGUCGUGUUAAAUAGAUGCUUGUAG